CAUGGCUAUCUACCUAUCUGGACGGAGGAUACCGAGCGUCUCUGUAGAUGGGCGCAUCUGCUAUCCCCAACCAACCCUGCUCCCUCUCCCCCUCUUUCUCUCUCUCUCUCUCCUCCCUCGAUAGGCGCGAGCCCCAGCCCGAGUUUUCCAGAAUUUCCAUUUCCAUAUUCCCUCAGCCGCGGUCAGCCAGCGGGGGAAGGAUCACACACACACACACACACACACACACACACACACACACACACACACCGGCGAGUCCGGCUCUCGCUCGCCCUCUUCCCUCUCGCUUUCUCUCGCUCUCUCGUCGCUCGCAUCUCCCCCAUCCGUCGCCCACCGAAAGGGGAAAUCCCGAGAGACGUUCGUCGGGUUGCCGUGCGCGGCAGGGCAAAGCAAAGCACAGCACAGCAAAAAAAAAAAAAAGAAAAAGGGACAAAGAAACAGAAGAGGCGGCGGAGGCGAGGAAGCCAAAUGGCAAAAAGAAAAGAAAAAUCGAAGGCAGGGGGGAAAUUGAAACCCACCACGAUCGCGCAAUCUAUGAGUAUAGUAUAGAAGUCGAAAUACUUUUUUUUUUCCACUUCUGGAUUCGUUUGAUUGAUGAGGACUCCGGAAUCCGACUUCGCCGCCGCCUCCUCCUCCUCCUCCUACUGCUCCUCGUGCCGCCCGAUAUACCCAUCGUACCUCCACACGAUAACGUCAAGGGACAAUAUUGCCUCGCCUCUGCUGUAUGUAUGUCUUACGUCUCUUACCGCGCUCAUACGCGCGCUGCGUAUUACCAGUGGACGAAGCCCCGGCCCCUUGCGUUGGCACCCCCUUCUUCUUUCUUUCUUUCUUUCUUUCUUCUUUCCCCCCCUUCACCCUCGCCCCUUCGCCCGUCUUUUGCCUCCUCCCCUCCUGCGGCCGCUCGCGCGCUACCUACCUACCUACCUGCGAGGCGUCGUCGCGCCCCCCCCCCCCCCCGCCGCCGGGAGCCAAGAGUAAGCCAGUCGCGCAAACCUAGCCGGGCGGCGGAGGCGGCCGGCCGCGCUCCAGGCGAAGGCGCGCUUGCGAGCAAGAGAGAGGGAGAGAGGGGGAUAAGGGGGGAGGGAGAGCGCGCGGCUCUUAAAGCGGUAUGUAUGCGGUAGUGGUAGUAGUAGCAGUAUAGUGGUACGAGUAGUAGUGGUAGUAGUAGUAGUAACGGUGGUAGUAGUAGUAGGUGGUGGUAGCCUCAGCGGGAGGCCGGCGCCAGGC